AUGUCUGAUAAUGGGGAGGUCGAGGACAAGCCCCCUGCUCCACCCAUGAGGAACACAAGCACCAUGAUUGGCUCCUGCAACAAGGACCCCGCCCCCCUCAACCACGGCUCCAAGCCCCUCCCACCAAACCCGGAGGACAAGAAGAAGAAGGACCGCUCGAUCCGCUUCAUCCUGACGGGGGGAGGCGAUAAGACCUAUAAGAAGAAGGAGCGUCCAGAGAUUUCUCUGCCGUCUGAUUUUGAACACACCAUCCAUGUGGGCUUUGAUGCUGUCACCGGGGAGUUCACUGGCAUGCCGGAGCAAUGGGCUCGCCUCCUGCAGACCUCCAACAUCACCAAACUGGAGCAGAAGAAGAAUCCUCAGGCUGUCCUUGACGUCUUAAAGUUCUACGACUCGAAAGAAACGGCCAACAGCCAGAAAUACAUGAGCUUCACAGAUAAAAACGCAGAUGCCUACAGCUCCUCCACCACAACGGGCUCCAAGGCCGUGUCGGAGACGCCUGCCAUAGCAACCGUAUCCGAAGACGACGAUGAAGAUGAGGCUGAGCCCCCACCGGUGAUCGCCCCUCGGCCAGAACACACCAAAUCAAUAUACACUCGCUCAGUCAUCGAGCCGCUCCCCCCUCCUCCCACCAAAGAUGCUGCAACCUCCCCCAUCACCAUGCCGACGGCCUCUGCCACCCCUGCCCCCGCUGCAGAAGGAGCACCCAGCAGCCCCCCCAGUGCAAGCCCAGCCCCCGGGCCCUCUGUGCCCCGCCCCCAGGACAAAACCAGGAAGAAGAAGAUGUCAGACGAGGAGAUCCUGGAGAAACUACGGACCAUUGUAAGUGUGGGAGACCCCAAGAAGAAAUAUACACGCUUUGAGAAGAUUGGACAGGGGGCAUCUGGGACGGUGUACACAGCGAUAGACAUCGCCACAGGACAGGAGGUGGCCAUUAAACAGAUGAACCUGCAGCAGCAGCCCAAGAAGGAGCUGAUCAUCAACGAGAUUCUGGUGAUGAGGGAAAAUAAGAAUCCAAACAUCGUCAACUACCUAGACAGUUACCUGGUGGGAGACGAGCUGUGGGUGGUGAUGGAGUACCUGGCCGGAGGUUCGCUGACUGACGUCGUCACGGAGACCUGCAUGGAUGAAGCCCAGAUAGCUGCUGUGUGCAGAGAGUGUCUCCAGGCGUUGGAGUUCCUCCACUCGAACCAGGUCAUCCAUCGAGACAUUAAGAGCGACAACAUCCUGCUGGGCAUGGACGGCUCCGUGAAACUCACUGACUUUGGGUUCUGCGCUCAGAUCACUCCCGAGCAGAGUAAGCGCAGCACCAUGGUCGGGACUCCAUACUGGAUGGCUCCAGAGGUGGUGACCCGCAAAGCCUACGGCCCCAAAGUGGACAUUUGGUCCCUGGGCAUCAUGGCCAUAGAGAUGGUGGAGGGGGAGCCGCCGUACCUGAACGAGAACCCCCUCAGGGCGCUGUAUCUCAUAGCAACCAAUGGGACACCGGAGCUGCAGAAUCCGGAGAAGCUGUCGACGACCUUUAGAGACUUUCUGAACCGGUGUCUGGAGAUGGACGUGGAGAAGAGAGGCUCUGCUAAAGAGCUGCUGCAGCAUCAGUUCCUGAAGAUGGCGAAGCCCCUCUCCAGCAUGACUCCUCUCAUUGUGGCUGCCAAGGAGGCCGCCAAGAACAAUCGCUAGCUAGCCCCACCCUCCACAUUCUGUCUGUCCAUCGCCCUCUCUGUCCCUCCCUCUGUCUCUCUCUCUGUCUUUCCCUCUGUCCCUCCCUCUGUCCACCAUCCCUCCUUCCUCUCUUCUGUUCUCUUUAUCUUUUCCUUUUGGUACAGGAGGGCAGCAGUGGCUGCUGUCUGGGUGAAAUGAUAGCAGUCUUCCCUUCUUUUAGUCUUUGGUCACCUGCACCGACUGCUCCUUCACCCAUGACCUUUGACCUUUGACCCUUAUAAGAAGGGUAGUUUCUUCCAGUUACUUUUUUACAAGACACUCCACUGGACUCUGAUCAGGAAGCCGGGCGGGUAAACUGAUUGACAUCAUCAGUGAUCAAAAUCAUUGCUGAAAACCCAAUGUUGGAGCAUCAACAGAGCCCAAAGACUCAUGGGGUUUAGUUUUUUUUAAAUCAGUUUAUUUCCUGUAGUGUGUAGGUGUGUGUGGUCUGUGUGUAAGCUAAGGCUUUGGCUUCCUUUCAUACAUUUAUGGGAUUCAUUUAGACUUUUUCAUUGUCUUCUCUCAAAAAGUGCAUUUGUUGAUUUUUUUAUUUUAUCACUGUCUCUUUUUAAAUCAGCAUUUGUGUGCGUGUGUGUGUGUGUGUGUGUGUGUGUGUGUGUGUGUGUGUGUGUGUGAGUAUGAGUGUGAGUGUGAGUGUGAGUAUGUGUAUCUAUUCUUUUCUCAUGGGGGGAUGUUGGGAUUUUAGUUGAUUAUAAGUUUACCUUCUGUGCUUUUGGACAGAGAGAUGAUGUGUGGUGCAUUGUGGUGUCUGCAGUGUGAGAUGUGAGAAUACUAAUAUUAAUUAUUAUAAGGAACGGCUGGUGGCCCCAGAGCCAAUGAUGGGACGGGUUUGGACAGUUUGGAGGUUUCCCCCUGCAUUAACAGCCCUUUUGGCUUCAUGACAUCUUCUCAGGAGUAAGCAGCUUCUUCUUUUGCUCUCCUUUCUUAUUAGGUCUGUAAAUAAUACACAGGAGCUGAUAUAGUGUGUCCAGUGGACGGGUACCUGCAGGGCUCAAAGUCACACUCAGGUCAAUGUGCUCUGGUGUUAAACGUUAUGACUGCUGCCUGAGAGACUGGUCCUGAUAGAGCAGAGAUCUGAUAUUUGUUUUUGUUAGAAAUAUAUGAGCAUGACUCCGCUGAUGUAGUAUUGCACUGCUACAAAAACAAUUGAUGCAAAAUAGAAAAUUGUUAAAAAUUGAUUUAGCCAGAGAUACCCAACUUCACUGUCCUUAGUUAAGCAUUCUCUUGUCAGAGCUGUUAUUAAUUGAGUCUUCUCCAGAAAUGAGAAGCUCUUUUGUCACAUCCUGUUUCCAAUUGAUGGAUGUAGACAGAGCUUUAGCUUAAAAAACACUCCUUUUCUCCUAAUAAAACAAAUAACAUUUCAACAAGCUGAAAGGAAGGAAUCUCAGCUUCUUGCACAAAUUAGGGUAACACAAUGAUGAAUGAGCUAUUUACCCAUAAUCCACUCUGCCAAACACGCUUCAUCUGCGGCUGUGGGACGUUCCUGCCUACAGGAUGGAGGGAGGGAAUGUGCAUGUCAACCUUUUUUAUACGGUAUGUUCAACAUGAAGAAGAAAAAUAAUGAAUGAGUUUCAAUCCUGAAGAAGUGACGAUACAUGAAGGGUGCUUGUGUACAAUGGGGAAUAUUAUAUCUAAAUCCUAUUUUCAGAAGAAUGAGACAGAUAUGUUCUAUGAUGGUACAAUGCUGUUGUUUUCUGCCUUCUAUUUUACUAAAUGUGUUAGACAAAAAGAAGACAGUAAUGUGUUUAAGCCUUUGUUUACAGACUCACUGCUUUUUUAUAAUUGAUCAAAGUCUGAAUAUGACUUUGUGAUUUGGACAUCAACAUUUGAGUGUUUGUUUUGGAGUUGCUAUCCUGCUGAAUCAAAGGAACAGAGUUUUUCUUGCCAGAAAUAAAACUUCACAGGUUAAAAUCCUGCAAGAGCCACAGGUUUCAUAAAACAAAGGUUCCUGCACUCUGCAUUCCAGCGUCAGAAUAAAAGCUGCAGUGUACAUGACAUCUUUGAUUCCUCCGUUUCAAAGGUCAAGAGUACUUAAAUGAAUCACGAGGCAGCAGGUUGCAGCUAGUAACAAGAGUUUUGAUAAACAAAACUCAGCUUUUAAUCAUAUAGAAAUGGGAAAGCAGUAGGGUUGGCAAGUUUUCUUGUAGAAUAUUUGCAGAUUCUGUUUUUCAAAUCAACCAGUAUCUGCAGCCCUGCAGCAGGAAAAACACAGACCAUCAUGCUUAUGAUCUCUAAAGAAAUACUGAAUAACACUAACUAAGAGUUUGUCAGGUAAACCACAUGAAUUCAUCUCUAAAAUGUCCUUUAAAUCUUGGUUUAAUGUUGCUUUAACCAUUGAAUGGAAUCUGCCUAGAUGCUUGGACAGUAUUCAGAGGAUUUAUCUUGAGUUUGACAAUGUUCCUUUGGAUAAAUUGUUAAAUAAAAAAUCAGGACCUAGUUUGCAUACACAACAAUCCUUUUAAGGUAACAGCUGAGAACACUUCUAUAAUAAAGAUUGAUUCUUUGGUGUUAAUAAAAACACAGUGAGGAAACCAGAAACGUUCUCUUCUUAACAAACCCAACAUCAGGGUGGUGGCGGAACCUGGAUUACCUUAUGGUGAAAGGUCAUCAACUCUGAGUGUGAAUAGGGAUCUGAUGGUCAGAAAAUGUCAGUUUUAGAAGCUGCGAUGAAUUGCAUUGCGUCACGUAAACCCGACGCAGAACUAUAAAUGUUCACGGCUGCGUCUGCGUGGUCGUUGCGUUACGUCGACGUUGAACCAUAAAUCGGCCUUAAAACCUCACCAUAAAGCUGAUGAGCAUCACAUCCAGCCUCUCCAGGAAACACACUGACUGAUAGACCUUAGAACAGUUAAAGUGAAUUACUUUGGUACGAAAUUAUCGUUUUACUGUUUGAAGUGGCCACCAACAAGCAGAACACAUUGCUGUGAGGGGGGUUCAAACUUGGUGCAGUCCAGGAUAAGGUCUUCACACCUCAGAGCCAUCAUUUAUCUGUUUUUACGUCAUUUUGAUGAUUUCAACUAUGAAAAAGGAAAAAAUAAAACUGUACAAAAACAGAA